GCGGGGCCGUGGGCACCCGGGCUUCGGCGGGGCUGCCGGGAGGAGGACGCCGGCUGCUCGGAGCGGCCCGACUCGGCUCCGAGGGACAUGUCCGCGCCGCGCUCGCCGUGCGCCCGGGGCUGCUAGCUUCUCCUGGACUUCCUGCCUGUGCGGCCCCGCACCUGGCCGCGGCCCCGGAGCCUGGCUCCGACGGGAGCGCGCCGACCGCUGCAGCCAUGGGGUUGCAGCCCCUGGAGUUCAGCGACUGCUACCUCGACAGCCCGUGGUUCAGGGAGAGGAUCCGCGCGCACGAAGCGGAGCUCGAGAGGACCAACAAGUUCAUCAAAGAGCUCAUCAAGGACGGGAAGAACCUCAUCGCGGCGACCAAAAGUCUUUCGGCAGCCCAACGGAAGUUUGCUCAUUCACUCAGAGACUUCAAAUUUGAGUUUAUUGGCGAUGCGGAGACGGAUGAUGAACGCUGCAUAGAUGCUUCCUUGCGUGAAUUUUCUAAUUUUUUGAAGAAUCUGGAAGAACAGAGAGAAAUUAUGGCAUUAAGUGUUACUGAGACCCUGAUUAAACCCUUGGAAAAAUUCAGAAAAGAGCAACUGGGAGCUGUAAAGGAAGAAAAAAAGAAGUUUGACAAAGAGACGGAAAAGAACUAUAGCCUAAUUGAUAAACAUUUGAAUUUAUCAGCAAAAAAGAAAGACUCACAUUUACAGGAGGCAGACAUCCAAGUGGAGCAGAACCGGCAGCACUUUUAUGAACUGUCCCUUGAAUAUGUGUGCAAGCUUCAGGAAAUCCAAGAGAGAAAGAAGUUUGAGUUUGUGGAACCUAUGCUGUCAUUUUUUCAGGGAAUGUUUACUUUCUAUCAUCAAGGCCAUGAACUUGCCAAAGACUUCAAUCAUUACAAAAUGGAACUACAGAUCAACAUUCAGAAUACACGGAAUCGUUUUGAAGGAACACGCUCAGAAGUGGAAGAGCUUAUGAACAAAAUCAGACAGAAUCCCAGGGACCACAAGCGCGCAAGUCAGUUCACAGCAGAAGGCUACCUGUAUGUACAGGAAAAAAGGCCUGCUCCAUUUGGCUCCAGUUGGGUCAAGCACUACUGCAUGUAUCGGAAAGCGGCCAAGAAAUUCAACAUAAUGCCAUUUGAGCACAGAUCUGGGGGGAAACCUGGGGAAGUAGAGGUGUUCUAUUUGAAAGAAUGUGCCAGAAGGCCUACUGACUCCAUUGACAGAAGAUUUUGUUUUGAUGUAGAAGCUGCUGACCGGCCUGGUGUUUCCCUGACCAUGCAGGCGUUUUCAGAAGAGGAAAGGAAGCAGUGGUUGGAAGCCCUGGGUGGAAAAGAAGCUCUGCUCCAUAGUUUUAAUAGAGCCAUCAUCCCAAGACCAGAAGGAAGUGCACAGUUGGAUAAGAUGGGAUUCACAAUUCUCAGAAAAUGCAUCAGUGCAGUUGAAACUCGAGGUAUAAAUGACCAAGGAUUGUACAGAGUUGUGGGGGUGAGUUCAAAGGUCCAGAGACUUCUCAGUAUGUUGAUGGAUGUAAAAACAUGCAAUGAGUUGGACCUGGAGAACUCCGUAGAUUGGGAAGUGAAGACAAUAACAAGUGCCCUAAAACAGUAUUUGAGGAGCCUUCCAGAGCCUCUUAUGACUUACGAGUUACAUGGAGAGUUCAUUGUUCCAGCCAAAAGUGGGAGCCCGGAAUCUCGUGUUAAUGCUAUCCAUUUUUUGGUACACAAACUGCCAGAGAAGAAUAAAGAAAUGUUGGAUAUUUUGGUGAAACACUUAACAAAUGUUUCAAACCACUGCAAGCAGAACCUAAUGACCGUGGCAAAUCUAGGAGUGGUGUUUGGACCAACUCUGAUGAGGCCUCAGGAAGAAACUGUUGCUGCCAUUAUGGAUUUAAAGUUUCAGAACAUUGUUGUGGAAAUCUUAAUUGAAAACCAUGAAAAGAUUUUUCGGACCCGGCCUGAUGACACAUUCCUUGAGUCAGUCUCCCUGUCAGCAUCACCCCCAAAUGCUCCACCGAGGCAGUCAAAGAGACAAGGCCAGAGAACCAAGAGACCCGUGGCUGUGUAUAACCUUUGUCUUGAGCUGGAAGAUGGUGACAGCCCUAACCCCCCUAAGGAGGACACCCCUACCAGCAGUCUAGACUCGCUUUCCUCCCCAUCUCCCACGACCACAACUGUCCACGGGCCUCCUGGAACAGACAAAAACCACCUUCCCGCAGAUGGGGACUGGAUAUCCACGGCCCCAAGCCAGACCCGAUCAUCGAUGGUCCAGUGGCUGAACCCACAGUCUCCGACCACACCCGGCUGCAACCCGGCCGGUACACCUCCUUCACCUAAGUCGUCACGUUGCCCCUUCCCCCUUCCUGCCACUGCAGCAGACAAGCCACCUGAAAGUGUGUCCAGUCGGAAGGCUCGGGCAGUGUAUCCGUGUGAAGCAGAGCACAGCUCGGAAUUAUCUUUCGAAAUCGGAGCAAUUUUUGAAGAUGUGCAAACCUCGAGGGAACCUGGCUGGCUAGAGGGGACUCUGAACGGCAAGAGAGGGCUGAUUCCACAGAAUUACGUCAAGCUGCUGUAGCACCUGUCCUGUGAGGACCCCCACGGGGACCCUGGAACCCAAAGGACUGGCCAGGGGGCAGGGAGCUGCCUUCUUCCUCCUGGGCAGAACCCACAGCCACCUGGACACAUGGGAAUUACAGAUUGCAGAUUGGCACUCCAGGGGUGGGGAUGGGGUACACUGCCGGAGGUGGGGAGCGAAGGGAUAAUGCACAGAACCGUGUAGAUCUGUGGAGCAGGAGAAGAAUGUCAGGACUAAUGGAAUGGACUUUCCACUUGUCAAGCCUUGGGACGUGUGAUUGUUAUCCAGUCUGGAGAGCGACAGGGAGGGCUGCCUUCUUAUUGCCUAGCCUCCUCCACGGGCGACCACACCGCCAGACACCUCCCUGCACACCUGCUGCUGAGCUUUUAAAGGGAACUGUACUUGUAGUGGUGUUGGCAGGGUGGCUCGCGGCUCUGGCUGCCGUGGUGUGAGGGGCGCUGAUGGCCCUCAGUAGCUGGUUUAAACCCAGAGGGCAGAUCAGAGUGCCCCUUCUUUCACGGCUGCCCUGGGCCCCAUGCUCACUUUCCUUUGAGAACACCAGCGUAUUUAUAACAGGCUUCUCGAGAACUAGGUGUUUCUCAUCUGUGUGCUGUUGCCCAGACACCACUCUUUUUCCCCAACGUUUCUGUAAGUGAAAUAAAAUGUAAUUUACUAUUU